GGCCUGUAACUCUUUAAAGGGGCCCAUGCUUAAAAACUGGAUGACGGCCCUGCCCCCUAUAAAGCCUAGAUCGUCCGGCCCGGGACAGCUGCCCCCCCUGUGCCCCCCUGAUGGCGGCCCUGCAGCGCUUUGCCUUGAUUAAAGAUCCUGCCAUGGAUCUCUGAACCCUUGCCAUACCAACCACUCUAAUCCACUAAUAUGAAUCGUUUGCUUCGAAAAGCCACUCCUCUAUUUCCUUCUUGGAAGACAAGAGGCUGUGGAUACCGUAAGUGCUCCUAUGCACCACAGUUACAGACGGAAACUCUGGAAACUGAAAUGUCCCAGAGGAGAAUGAACCCCCUUAACAUCCAAAUGCUUUCCAAAGGGCUUCAUGCGCAAGUAUUUAGGGGUAAGCAAGUGCAGCAUGCAGAAGAGGACAUUCAGAGAAGCAUUAACCAUCUGAAGAGUCAUGAACUUUGGGGGCAAGAAACAUCUACAGUCCCAGACAUAGAACUGCAGCUUCCCAAGUUGUAUGGAAAUGAUAUUGAGGAACACUUCCAAAUUCUGGCUCAGAAGCAGUCUUUGCCAUACUUAGAGGCAGCAAAUGAUCUCCUGAAUUGCCAGCUGCCAACUAUGCCUCAAACAUGGGCCUGGCAGUCUGGAUGGACCCGAUACACUGCUACAGGAGAGACAGAAUUGGUGGACUUUCCAGAUGAAAAAGCUUUGGUGUUUGAUGUGGAAGUUUGUGUAUCAGAGGGCCACUGUCCAACCCUGGCUGCUGCUGUUUCUCCUCAGUACUGGUACUCUUGGUGCAGUAGGAGAUUAAUAGAGGACAGAUAUACAUGGUCUAAAGAACUGUCAUUGUCUGACCUGAUCCCACUGGAGACAUCAGUGAAUUGCAACUGUAUUACCAAAAACAACUGGACAGAGAGAUUGGUUGUGGGGCACAAUAUCAGCUUUGAUAGGGCACAUAUUAAAGAGCAGUAUCUUAUCAAAGGUUCAAAAAUGAGAUUUAUGGAUACCAUGAGCAUGCACAUGGCCAUAUCUGGUCUUACAGGAUUCCAGCGCACUUUGUGGAUGGCCAGCAAAUAUGGAAAGAAAAAGGGGCUGCAGGAAGUCAAGCAGCACAUCAAGAAAACGCGCAGCAAAUUUGAUGGUUCUCCAAUCAGUUCUUGGGACUGGGUGAAUAUCAGCAGCAUAAAUAACCUUGCAGAUGUGCACGCACUGUAUGUGGGUGGCCCACCCCUGGAGAAGGAGGCCCGGGAGCUCUUUGUAAAAGGAAGCAUCUCGGAUAUUAGAACAGAGUUCCAAGAACUCAUGAGGUACUGUGCGCUGGAUGUUCAGGCAACGCAUGAAAUCUUUCAGGAACAGUUUCCACUCUUCAUGGAGAGGUGUCCUCACCCUGUCACUCUGUCAGGUAUGUUAGAAAUGGGCGUUUCCUAUUUACCUGUUAACCAGAACUGGGAAAGGUAUUUGGAUGAGGCUCAGACGAGCUAUGAAGAGCUUCAAAAAGAAAUGAAGAAAUCAUUGAUGAAUCUAGCCAACGAUGCAUGCCAGCUGCUCACCGAAGAUGCUUACAAGGAAGAUCCCUGGCUUUGGGACCUUGAAUGGGACAUUCAGGAGUUUAAACAAAAAAAGACUAAAAUCAGUAAAAAGCAGAAGAGACUGAAAGAAGCCCAAGAAAGUGUAGGAAACAAGUUUAUUGAGGAUCUUAAUGAAGAUACUGGACCUCCGAGUGAAGAAGAAGAGUCUCGCCCUUCCUUGGCCAAAAUCUACUUGGAAGAUCUCAAACUCAAAACUUUACCUUUGCUGCCAAAGAGAAGCCAGCAUUUACCUGGUCACCCUGGAUGGUACCGUAAAUUGUGUCCUAAACUAGAAGAUCCUGACUGGCUGCCAGGACCAAGUUUAAUUAGUCUUCAGAUGAGGUUAACUCCUAAACUUAUGAGAUUGACAUGGGAUGGUUUCCCUUUGCAUUAUUCUGAGAAGCAUGGCUGGGGCUACCUUGUUCCAGGGAAAAAGGACAACAUAUUGAACAAUGAACAAGAAGAGACCAUCCUGUGUCCAUACAGAGCCAUUGAGGAAAUUUUUUCAGAAUACAGUAAAAAUAAAGCAAAGGAUAGGCGUGUAUCUGAACAUUCCAGCUUACAUGAGGAUUUCAUUCUUACUGAUGACAGCUCUAUGUGGCAAAAGGUUGAGCAGCUAAGUCGGAUGGAGAUGGAUCUUAGUGCUGAAGUCCCGUCCACUGGAACAAUGAAAAAAAGAAAUAAUAAACCUGAACCCCCUGCUGAACCAGAGUUUUGUAGCCUACCUGACUAUCACCAUGGAAACAGCCCUUGCAGUGAUGUGAAUGUUUCAGGCUGCUGGUUCUACAAGUUGCCACACAAAGAUGGCUAUGCUAAUAAUGUUGGAAGCCCAUUUGCAAAGGACUUUCUGCCAAAGAUGGAAGAUGGCACUUUACAGGCUAGUAUUGGAGAUUCCAGUGCAACACGUGCCCUAGAAAUCAAUAAAAUGAUCUCGUUUUGGAGAAAUGCUCACAAAAGAAUAAGUUCCCAAAUGGUGGUGUGGAUGAAGAAGGGUGAACUUCCCCGGACAAUCACCAGGGACCCCGAGUACGAUGAAGAAAACAAGUAUGGUUGUAUUUUGCCUCUGGUUGUUUCUGCAGGAACUAUCACUCGCCGAGCUGUAGAGCCCACAUGGCUGACAGCAAGUAAUGCUCGUGCAGAUCGCGUGGGCAGUGAAUUAAAGGCCAUGGUACAAGUGCCCCCGGGAUAUCACAUAAUAGGAGCAGAUGUGGACUCUCAGGAACUUUGGAUAGCUGCAAUACUUGGAGAAGCUCAUUUUGCUGGAAUUCACGGUUGCACAGCCUUUGGGUGGAUGACUCUGCAAGGCAAGAAGAGUACUGGCACUGACCUGCAUAGUAAAACUGCAUCUACUGUUGGAAUAAGUCGGGAACAUGCAAAAGUGUUUAAUUACGGGCGCAUUUAUGGUGCCGGGCAGGCCUUUGCUGAGCGCCUGCUAAUGCAGUUUAACCAUCGACUUACUCAGGAACAAGCAGCAGAGAAAGCAAAGCAGAUGUACGCUGUGACAAAGGGAAUCCGGAGGUACAUUUUAUCUAAAGAAGGAGAAUGGUUGGUGGAAGAAUUGGGAAUCCCAGUUGAGAGGGGAGAAGAGAAUUCUGUGAGCUUACAAGAUUUACGGAAAAUUCAAAAAGAAGCCUCAGCAAAGUCUAGAAGAAAGUGGAACUUGGUAAGUCGCAGAAUUUGGACUGGAGGAACAGAGUCACAGAUGUUUAACAAACUGGAGACCAUUGCCAUGAGUCCCUCACCAAAGACUCCGGUUCUGGGCUGUCACAUCAGUAGAGCGCUGGAACCAGCAGCAGUAAAAGGCGAGUUCAUAACAAGCCGGAUUAAUUGGGUGGUGCAGAGCUCAGCGGUAGAUUACCUUCACUUGAUGCUGGUAGCCAUGAAAUGGCUCUUUGAGGCAUAUGACAUAGAUGGACGGUUCUGCAUUAGUAUCCAUGAUGAAGUGCGGUACCUUGUGCAAAGCAAGGACAGAUACCGUGCAGCCCUGGCUCUACAGAUCACAAACCUGCUAACAAGGUGCAUGUUUGCUUCGAGACUUGGAAUGCAGGACCUGCCACAGUCUGUGGCAUUUUUUAGUGCUGUGGAUAUAGAUAAGUGCUUGAGAAAAGAGGUAACCAUGGAUUGUGCGACUCCAUCAAACCCCACUGGUAUGGAGAAAAGAUACGGAAUUCCACAAGGGGAAGCUUUGGAUAUCUAUCAGAUUCUUAAAGUCACCAAAGGAGUUUUGUGAAGAACAGCUAAAACCUCCCUGACUCCUAUGGAGUUUGUGUAGAUGGCACUGAAGUACUGGCGCUUCAUUGAGAUGCCAUAUUGGAUAGUCUCAGAGGUGUUACAAGCACUUAAGAACAGAAAAGUUCCAAUUUUGUGAAACUUAAGCAUUAAUGCAAACAUUUACCAUUUCAGAAACAUCUCACCUAUAUAAGGGGUAUACGGAAACUGAAUUUGUGCAGGAAUUUUCGUUCCAAAUUUUCUUUCCCCGUUCAGAGGAAUAAAAAGUUUGAAUUCCUUUAGAAAAA